AUGGCGUAUGCUAUGGUUCCUCAGCCAUACGUAGUAAUGAAUGCCCAACCCUACGUUAGGGCACAACAACAAUUUAAUCAAAACCAAGCUCUAUUUCCCAGAAAUCAACCUCUUCACCAAGCUCACUAUAAUCCCCGACCUCUACAGAACAACUUCCGUACCCGGGAACCACCCAAGGUACCAAACUUCACACCCAUUGGGGCAGAUGGGCAUGAUACAGAUGACUGUUGGACCGUAAAGAGGGCUGUGGAAAAUCUGAUAGAACAAAAGAGAAUAGUGCUAAAGGACGAAGAUGUUCCUAAUGUAACCAACAAUCCAUUAUCGGCCCACACUAAUGGGCCAGUUAUUGGAAUGAUCUGUGAAGAUAGAGAGUUUGAACCAGCUCUAAAAGCCAUCAUUGCCAUAGCCGAUGUGGAAAAGAAGCCAAAAGUAGUCGCGAAACAAGACAAGGGGAGAAGAAGAGCAAACCUACCCCCCCAGAAUACAGAAAAGAAAGUGGAAGUUGAAACUGGGGCAGCGCCCUCCAAAGAUGUCGUUCUCUAUGUUUCUCGGGGCCACAAGAAAGAACAGAUGUCAUUGAGUCCUCCUAGAAGGUUUGAGCUAAACAAGGGAGCUAAAAUGUAUGUUCCCAAGGGGACCUAUGUGGUGCGGGGGCCAAUAGUUCCACCAAGGCUGAAUGAGCCCGUGGUUAUUGGUCGCAUGCCGCAAAAGCCCAUGACAGAUCCCACUGUCGUUCCAUGGAACUAUAACAAAGCGGUAGUAACUUACAAAGGCAAAGAGAUCUCGGGAGAAGUUAAGGAAAAUAACCCGACUGAGAAGUACCUCAAUCUGGAGGAAAUGAAUAAUGCCACAAAGAAGCGUUUCCCACCUAAGAAGCCAGUGAGUGCUGAAGAAGCGGAAGCGUUCUUUCAGAAAAUGAAAAUGGCAGACUACGAGAUAAUCGACCAGCUCCGAAAGUCCCCUACCCAAGUCUCCUUGUUGUCUUUGCUAAUAAAUUCAAUUGAACAUCAAAAAGUGUUGAUCAAAACUCUCAAUGAAGCAUAUAUGCCCAUUGAAACAACUGUAGAACAGUUGGAGAGGAUGACAGAAAGGUUUUUUGCAGUCAAUCAAAUCUCUUUCAGCAAGAAUUAUUUUCCCCCGGAAGGGGCCGCACACAACAAAGCCCUUCAUCUGACAAUUAAAUGCAAGGGGUAUUAUGUGAAAAGGGUCAUGCUAGAUGGUGGUUUUGGGGUGUAUAUUUGCCCUCUCUCAACUCUGUAG